AGAAGAAUGGCUUUCGAAUGAUUUCUUGGGGUCAGUAAUGUCUGCAAUUUUUAGUAUUUAAAAACGAAUAAGAAAUUCAACCUGUAGCGUUUGGAUCAUGUUGCCGUCCGAAUCAACGACUCCCAUUUCGCAUGCUAUGAAUUCAAACUCCUCCUUCUCCGUGAUGAAAAGGUACAGGAAUGGUGAAAUCUGGGAUUUCGAGAAUGAAAUGGCGGUGACCAUUGAUAGGCAAGUGAUCCUAGGAUUGGACGGCGGAACCACAAGCACUGUCUGUGUCUGUAUGCCGAUUUUGCCCUUCAAAGACCCCCUUCCUGACCCCCUUCCUGUACUGGCUCGUGCUACUGCCGGUUGUUCCAACCACAAUAGCGUCGGCGAAACUGCUGCAAGGGAGACAUUAGAGCAAGUUAUGGCAGAUGCACUAGCAAAGUCAAAUUCAAAUCGAUUUGCAGUUCAAGCUGUUUGUCUUGCAGUAUCGGGUGUUAACCAUCCAAAAGAUCAGCAAAGAAUACUAAAUUGGCUCAGAGAUAUAUUCCCCAGCCAUGUAAGGCUAUAUGUUCAGAAUGAUUCUGUGGCAGCUCUGGCAAGCGGAACAUUGGGAAAGCUUCAGGGAUGCGUAUUAAUAGCUGGUACAGGGACCAUUGCAUAUGGAUUCGCUGAAGAUGGCAGAGAAGCUCGGGCUGCUGGUGCAGGUCCUAUAUUAGGUGAUUGGGGAAGUGGAUAUGGAAUUGCUGCACAGGCCUUAACUGCAGUAGUAAGGGCCUAUGACGGUCGUGGUCCGCAGACAAACCUUACGACUAGUAUGUUACAAAAGCUUGGUCUUUCUUCUCCAGAUGAACUCAUCGGGUGGACAUAUAUUGAUCCAUCUUGGGCACGUAUUGCGGCACUUGUUCCAGUUGUUGUAUCUUGUGCAGAAGCAGGUGAUCAGGUUGCAAAUAAGAUUUUGCAUGACUCGGUUGAGGAGCUAGCUUUAAGUGUGAAAGCUGUUGUUCAAAGACUCAGCUUAUGUGGUGAAGAUGGUGAUGGUCCCUUUCCCCUUGUCAUGGUUGGGGGCGUUCUUGAAGCCAAUAAGAGAUGGGAUAUUGGUAAAGAAGUCAUAAAGUGCAUCUCUAGAGACUACCCUGGGGCUAUACCUAUUCAUCCGAAGGUGGAGCCGGCGGUGGGUGCAGCUCUACUGGCUUGGAAUUUCUUGAUGACAGAAUCCCAAAAUUAAGAUUAUAAAAGUUGUCCAGUUGCGACUCAUUCUUCAAUUGUACAGUGGCAAGGACGUGAAGUGGUCGAGCAUAUUUUUACUUGGUAAAGCCUAACGUGUCAGGAGAGCAGGCUUUUUUUUCCCUGGGAAUUUUCUUAUUGAAUCUGGAAAAUAUCCAAUACUUGUGGGUUGGUAUGUGCAUUUAACUUGUGUACAAUUUCUGGGAUUUAUAGUGAAAAGCUCGGUUGCAGCUGUCUUGUAAUGCAGAUCAUUGAUCGUGUCGAUUUGAAUUCAUGUACUAUCUUUUGUGUAAUAAAAGAUGAUCAAUUGAUUCAAAAUCUAA